AUGAAUAGUGAAUUUGCAAUUGAGAAAGAAAUUCUCACGGCGAAUUCUUUUUUUUGUAAAGUUAAUUAUUUGUAUCAGCCUUUACAUGCCGAAACAAAGGAAUAUCUAGAUUCAUUUUUUCACAAAGAUGGAUUAAUUAACCUUUGUGAUCAAAUUUUUGGACACCAUCAUAAAUCAGAUUUUCAGGAUGAAAAUCCCUGCUGGAUGGACAUAGCAAAUAACUCGCCAAAUUCCUCAAUGGCAUCGACACUUUUUCGCUUACUCGCUCCGAGCACUCCUUUCAUUAAUCUUUUAGACUCAUUUUCGUUACCGUCAGUCGAUUUUUCAAGAAAAGCAAAAUGCUCUUGGAAAUAUGAAAACGUAAAAAAGUCAGAAGAAGGUCAUGCCAAAUACACUAUAGACUUUCCAUUGUCGACAUUAUAUCCUAAUUCAUUUAGUCUUUUAGGCGAGCCUAACAAUGUUAGCUUAUACAAUAUGACACGGUCUAAAUGUCCGCCUCUGUUGCUUGUUCCUUUUUGGGUUCCACCUUUGGUGACACGUAAAGAAGCCUCUUCUAACCAAAUAAUGACAUCUUUACCUUGUUUGCCACUUCCAUACUUUAUUUUGCGUAUGUUUUGCUAUUCUAUGCGUCGAUGUGAGAAGCAUGGGAAUGAAAUUAUCUCGAGCCGAUUUGUUGGCAUUGUUGGUUGGAUGCAUCGCUUGCAUGAGAAUUUAAACUCAAUUUUUUAUCAAAAAGCUUCUAUCGAAUUUCCAUUUUAUCAUCGCGUUCUAACUGCCUUCAUUCAAUACUAUACAACCCCCUCACUAUUUCGAAAUCUUUCGUCGAAAAUUGUCUUUGAGGAAACUAUGUGGACCUCUGCUGACGCUAUUGCUGCAUUAUUAAUCUGCUCGCCUGUUCUAUUCUCGAAUAGAAAUAUAUCACAAUCCAUAGUAGAAUGUCGUCGAAAUCCAAUUUAUGACUCCUCUAUAGUAGCCCAGCUUCUAUGUACAAGUCCUUUUUUAACUGAAAUAUUUAAUACGAUGUACAUAAAUUGUGAUAGCAAAAAUAGGAACACGUUUGCUUUGCAAAGAACUGAAUUUUCAAAUGAUACCCUUUCCAAAUCUGUUAAUGACAUCAUUUAUAUUUAUUUGAGUUUUUACAGAAAUUGUCUUAUUAUCUUGAGAGAAUGCCUUUUGUCUUUGGAUGGAUUUCCUAAUGUCAAUUUCGUCCAUCUUAAUAACCUAUUGGAGCUGUGGUUAACCCUUAUGAACCCCUUGUCACGAAAAGGAAACUUUGUUGAUGAUCACUAUAUACUUUGCCAUUUUGAAGCAUACACAUGCAUUACUCUUGACGUGCUGAAGUUGUUCACAAAAGGGUCUUUGAUAAAAACUCUUGAUAGAACAGGAGUUUCUUUAUUUUCAAGAUGUCUACAAAUUUUAUCCACUGAAAACUUUAAACAGUUGAUUUCUACAUUUGAAAGAGAACCGAUCACUGAGAACACUCAUUUAUUAAAUAUAUUUUUCAAAAACUGUGUUUUAAAUUGGGUUGAGGAUCAAGAUGUUGUUUUGCAGAUGGCAAACUUUAAGAGUGAUAAAAUAAGUUCCAUCGCUGCUCAUGUUUACGCCUUACUAGAACAAAAAUCGGCUACAUGUAAGCAAAAUGGAAUGGAAGAAGAUAUACGAAUAUGUUUGACGUACAUUGAACAUAUAUUUCCUGAAUCUAAACUUCUAAUUGACAAAUGGCGAGGUUUCUUAAACAGUGUUGUGCCUGAAAAUAUUUAUGUUGAUAGCUCCCCUUCAUUUUUUCAGAAUGUAUCGGCAGCCCAUAUUUUGUCUGAAUCAGACAAAAACAGUUUUUUUAAAGGUCUCAAACAUCGACGCGUUGUUUGUUCUGAUCAUAUCCGUUUUCCAACGAAAAAUAGAAAAAAUAAUGGAGAUUAUCUAUUAUUUAACAUUACUAUGCGCCAGGAAUUUCCAUUAAUUAUCGGAUUUACUAUUUAUUUGGACACAUUUCUUAAUAAACUAACUGAGACUAUAUUUUCUAAUUGGAUUCCAAAAUGUGAAAACGGGCAUGAUUUAUGGCUAAUAUGUUCUAGAAAUUUUUCAUGUUGCAAUCAUUCUUCAGAAAUUGCAAUUUGGGAAUGUCGCAUAUGUGUGAAAACUUAUGGCAUAUGUUGUAGAUCAGAGCCGAUUGUAACCAUUAAAGGAGAAAGAUUACAACUCGCCAACGCACCAAGUCAAACUAAGUUGUGUUCAUGGUGUGGAGAGGUUUCUAACCCCAAUGAGAAUUUUUUUAUUUCAAAUAAACAGGACACUAUUUUUUUAUGCUCUGGCUGUGCUUCAAGACCUUUUAAGCCUUGGUGUACUAGGUGGAUGGCAGCAUAUAAAACGUGGAGUUUUUUUUUCAUAAUAAUUCCAUUUAUCCUUGUGAUGUGGGCCUUGUGA